CUCACCACCACCAAGCCUACAGACCUCCUUCUCCUCUACCUGCUACUGCAUAAGAUUCUUGUGGCGGAGAUCACCCCUCAACUAUCAAAAUGGCCGUCGAUUUACCAUCUCUAAACACCUCGCGGAAUUCCUCAAGGGAUGAGAACAAAUCGCCACUCACUCUGGACCUCUCCGAUCUCCCUCAACUGAUCCAGCCGUCUCCCCCCUCUAAUACUCUCAUAAUCACAAACCUCCUCGAACCUGAGAUAUUCCACCCAGCGAACCUCAUCCAAAUACAAGACCUUAUAAACCAACAUGCUCCCAUCCACACCUGGGCACCCCUCAAAUCCUUCCGCCGCAUCGUCGUCUCCUUCCUCGACAUCCCAGCGGCCAUCCUCAUCCGCCAGACCCUCGACGGCGAGACCCUCAUGGGCCACCGCAUCCGCAUCUACUUCGGCCAGCAUACCCCCAUCAAGCCCACCGACCAGCACCUGCCGCUCCCUAAAGCCGACAAACUCUUCUUCAUCAGCCCGCCACCGUCCCCGCCCCACGGCUGGGAAAUGCACAACGAGAGCGAGCCGAACAAGAUGGUCCAUGCUGAGGAUCUGGCGAGCGCGCUUGCGAAGCUAAGGGCUGCGCACAUUGACGCGUCGAGCCCAAUAAAUGAGGACGGGAAUUCGGAGGCGAGUCCUGGUGUCAAGCGGAGGAGUCGGAGCUCGACGAUUGUGUAUCACCCCGAGGACCAUGGAGACAGCCCGGAUUUGCCCGCGAUUGAGGUCGAGGAUACCACGCUGACGCCGGCGCUGAGUCCCGUGGAUGCGAUGGAAGGGGUCGAGGGCGCGAUUGCGCUGGAGAGAGCGCAAGGCAAGACGACGAAGACAUCUAGGCCGCCUGUGGAGCUCAUGUCGGAUGCGUAACUGGCUUUGGUAUUGCAGCGUACAUGGAAUGGCGUUUUGGUCGGUUCGGGAUAAUUUCAGCCUGGAAUAAAGGCUUCGGAUUUUAGGUAUUAUUAGGAGUCUUGGGGAUGAGAGCAGCUAGGAAAGUAGCUAUGCUUCGUAUAAUGGAAACGAGCGUGCGUCUUGCAUCUCACUUGGGACCUCGAUCCUGCUGUGAGGACGCUUGACGAGGUUUGCUCUCUGCGAGAUCAGGAAAUUUUAAUUAUCUUCUAAAUCAAAUAUUUCCCGUCUA